UUUUAAUUUGGGAAACUUAUGGAACACAAAACGUAUGGUCCAUUAAUAAGUGAAUCACUGUUUAGCUAAAAAAAAAAGCAGACUCGUCUUUCCAAUCUUGAACACACAAACUCUCCGGUCACUAUCUCUCUCUUUCUCUCUCACACACUACAUUAGGGAAUAAAGAGGCGUUUUUAUCUUCUCAGGAAUUAAUAAAAUGGGUUCUGAGAUUGCGAAACCUAAUCCAAGUUCCUCCCACUCAAAGAAAGGGCAAGAUUCAAGAUCAGUAGUGAAGAAGAUGGCGAGAGAAAAGAGAAGGAUAAAGAAGAUAGAUAACAUAACAGCGAGGCAAGUUACUUUUUCUAAGAGAAGAAGGGGUAUAUUCAAGAAAGCUGGUGAACUUUCGGUUCUUUGCGAUGCCGAUGUUGCUCUCAUCAUCUUCUCCGCCACCGGCAAGCUUUUCGAGUUCUCUAGCUCAAGGAUGAGAGAUAUAUUGGGAAGGUAUAAUCUUCAUGCAAGUAACAUCAACAAAGUGAUGGGUCUACCUUCUCCAUAUCACCAGCAGCUUGAAGAUUGUAACCUCUCCCGACUAAGCCAGGAAGUCGAAGACAAAACCAAGCAGCUAAGAAAACUGAGAGGAGAGGAUCUCGAAGGAUUGAACUUAGAAGAGUUGCAGCGGCUGGAGAAAAUGCUCGAAUCCGGACUCAGCCGAGUGUCUGAGAAAAAGGGAGAGUUUUUGAUGAGCCAGAUUUCUUCACUUGAGAAACGGGGAUCGGAAUUGGUGGAUGAGAAUAGGAGACUGAGGGAGAGAGUAGUGACGAUGGAAAUGGCUAAAACGAUGGCGUUAAAGGAGGCUGUGGAGACAGAGUCGGCGACCACAAAUGUGUCAAGCUAUGACAGUGGAGCUCCCCUUGAAGAUGACUUCUCCGACACUUCUCUUAAACUUGGGCUUCCAUCUUGGGAAUAAUACGGCGAGGGAAGAGAGUGCGUGCAGGGUUGACUUCGAUGGGAUGAAACAAAUUGCAAGUCUUCCUUUUCACUUUUUUUUUAUCCUUUGAAUAAGUGUUGGAAAGAUUUAGAUGGGAGAAGAGUGAAUUCUCAUUGCAUUGUGGAGACUGUGAGCAAGUUUCACAUCGUGUUGUUGUCUUCUUUUUCGUUUUAAAACUUUUUUGCACCAAAGAAACAUCGUUGGUUCUCGUAUUGUCUUGCACUUCUUUGUUGUCAUACUUCUAUUUAUUUUUUCUUUUAGUACUAA